AUGAAGUUUUAUUUGAAGAUUAAAUACCAUAUUCCGAGCCUCAACACAUUGACGCAUUUGAGCUUGAUACGUUGUGGGCUUACUGGCCGAAUACCAAGUGAGAUUGGGAACAGAUCUGAAAAUUAUGCUCUUAGCGGCCCAAUUCCAAGUGAGAUUGGCAACAUGUCUAGCUUGACAUUUCUAGACAUAUCUGGUAAUUAUGCUCUGGAGACGAGGCAGUCGAGCUCGUGGAUACGAAAUUUGCGAGGGUUGGAGCACCUUGGACUAGCAUAUGUGAAUCUGACAAGAGACGUGGUAGAGAGUGUUGCUUCUCUUCCCAAUCUUACAUCACUUGUCAUGUCUGAUAUGCCAGAUGUGGGAGGAGUGAUUCCAAAUUCUAUUGGAAAUAUGUCCUCAUUAACUGCCUUAGAUCUUUUUCAUAACAAUAUUGAAGGUAGACUUCUAGAUUCUAUGGGGAAUAUGUCCUUGUUGACCACCUUAGAUCUUUCUUAUAACAAUAUUCAAGGUAGACUUCCAGAUUCUAUGGGAAAUAUGUUCUCAUUGACCAGAUUAGAUCUUUCUUCUAACAAUAUUGAAGGCAGUCUUCCAGAAGGCAAUCUUCCAGAUUUUAUUGGAAAACUCUCACAGUUGGAAUAUUUGGGUCUUUCCAGAAAUUCACUAAGAGGCAACAUUCCAUGGAGCUCUUUAGGUGGGCUACCAAAGCUUUCAUACCUUUUUCUUGGUUCAAACCAAUUAAAUGGAAGCAUACCAUCUACUUUUGGUAAUCUCUCAUCUUUGAUCAGUCUUGAUGUUUCAAAUAAUUCUUUAAGUGGCACAUUUUUACUCUCUCAACUAGAAAAUUUCACAAAGAUUCGUUACUUGAGUCUUUCUGAUAAUUUCUUGAGGGUGAAAGUUGAAGACUUUUGGAUCCCAAGAUUUCAACUUCAAGCUUUGUAUUUGAGUUCUUGUAAUAUGGAUGGUGAUUUCCCAUCUUUCCUAUCCACCCAAUACAAUAUAAGAGAACUCGACUUGUCCAACAAUUCUCUUGGUGGAAAUGUUCCUAAUUGGUUGUGGGGCCUUACAUCUUUCUACACACUCAAUCUCUCAUGUAAUCAAUUUGGAGGAAAGCUUUUGUCAUCAAAGUUCGGUAAGUUGAAUGCUCAAUAUGUUGACUUACAUAGAAACAAGUUACAAGGGAAUGUUUUAGUUCCUCAUCGUGAUGUGCAAUUCUUGGACAUGUCUGAGAAUCAAUUUGAUGGCAUCAUUUCAGAAAACAUUGAUGACUAUGGCCAGAGUCAACUCAAUUAUUUGUCACUUGCAAAUAAUAAUAUGAGUGGUGUCUUUCCACAUUCUAUUUGUGAAGGAGAUCACUUGGAGGUUCUAGAUGUGUCAAAUAACAGGCUCACAGGUAAUAUUUUUGCAAGUUUUGGGAAUUGCUCAACAACACUAGAAGUGUUAAAUCUAGAAAAUAAUAAUUUGGAAGGUGAGAUUACAAGAAUGGUUUGUCUUCAAACGUUGAAAUUAGGAGGCAACAAACUACAAGGUACAAUUCCAUCAUCACUUAAAAAUUGUACUUCUUUGGAGAUUCUAGAUUUGGGAUAUAAUAACAUGCAGGGAACCAUCCCAAAUUGGAUAGGGAAGUUAAUUGGUCUUCGAAUUUUGGUGUUGAGAUCUAAUAAAUUCAAAGGUGGAAUACCCUUAGAGUUGACAAAAUUAGAAAAUCUUCAAGUCUUGAUUUUGUCAAAUAACAAUCUAUCUGGAGCUAUUCCAAGUAGCUUAAGAAACUUGAGAGCAAUGACAAAUCAAACACAAAGUGCAAAUGUCCUCCUUCAAUACUCAAAUUCAAGCUCAAUGCCUUAUUUAGAUAAAAUUGAAAUAAACAACAAAGGGCUAGUUCUAGAAUAUGUGAAAUCUUUGGCAUUGGUUCGGUGUCUUGAUCUCUCAAACAACAACUUCUCAGGUGAUAUUCCUCAAGAAAUUGGAUUCCUCAUUGGUCUAAGGAUUCUUAAUUUGUCAAUGAAUCAGCUCCAUGGAAAAAUUCCUACUUCUUUUGGGAACCUUGUGCAAUUGGAGUCACUUGAUCUUUCAGAUAACAAUCUUAUUGGAAAUAUCCCUAAUGAACUACAAUCUCUCACAUUUUUGAGUUACUUGAACAUAUCUUGUAAUAAUUUUUCAGGUAGAAUACCACAAGGAGCUCAAUGGUUAACAUUUGAUGAGAGAUCAUUUUCAAACAAUGCAAACCUUUGUGGAGUUCAAAUGAACAUAAAUUGUUCACCUUCUCCUCCUUCAAAUCAAAUUUAUGAUGAAGAUGUGAGUGAGCACGAGUGGGAGGAACAUGCGUGGUGGGAGGUGGGAAUUGGAUUGAGCUUUGGAUUUGGGUUUUCAAUUGUUAUUGGAGUAUUAUGUUUCAACAAAAAAUGUAGAAAAAGAUGUUUCAAAGUUAUGGAUGACAUUAUUGUCAUUCUUGAUCAAUCUAUUCAAAAAUAG